GUGCUCAUUCUCAGUAUCAAACGUCUUCUCAAACGUCACGAAAUUGUCAUGUUGGUAUUAUGACUUUCCGUUUGGCUCUCCGUUUGGCACAUUCAGACGUUUCAAAAAUCAAUGAUAACUUGAUGUUAAACGGAAAGUAAAAAAUUUGCAUUACCUGUGCCAAACGGAAAACCCGUUAGACAGAAAAUUUUCCGUCAGCCGAAAGCAACGGAAAGUACAGCUUGUGGUGUGAAAAAAGAGUUAAUUUUCGAAAUAAAAACCAAAAAAAUAUGUAAGUAUCAUAAAGGUUGUUUAGGAAAUCAGUUGUAAUAUAUUUUAAAUUUAUUUCUUGUUUGGUGGCUUUCAGGGACCAGUCGGAAACAAGAACGACUAGAAUACAGUAUGAAAAGAUGGUUGACAUCAUGGAAACCGCUCCUGAUAUAGCUCGAGCCUUAUUUAAGGGGGAUCAAUCGGCUUUUUGGAAAGAACUUGCAGACAACCUUAACCCCUUAGGUCCUCCCAUCAAGAAUGUGGCAACGUGGAAAAGGGUAUGGUUCGAUUACAAAUGUGCGGUUAAGAAGAAGCUACGCGACAACAAAGCUUCUCUUACUGCCACGGGGGGUGGACCAAACCGCACUAAAUUGUUAAAUGAAUUGGAGGAACGAGUCGCAAAUCUAACCAAUUUGAGAGCAACAGUGGAGGGCAAUAGCGCCGCGCGAUUCGGAAUAAGCCGACCGGGCAAUAACAGUAUCGAAAACAAUCCCAAUACCGACAUCGUCCCAACACAAAACCAAAUCAGCAGCCAGCAACAACAGGAACCAGAGGUACUACAAAAACAGCAAAACGGGAUAAUUACAGGACCAAUAGGCAAUAGAUCAAAUCGAAAACGGAAGAACACAGAUGCAGUAUUACAACAAAACAAGGCUAUGCUGGAGAUGAUGGCAAAACUAAUCAAAUUGCAAGAAGAAACUAAUUUAGCCAUGGUUGAAUGUACAAAACAAAUUAGAAUUUUAAGCAACGUACUAACGAAACAAAACAAUAAUCUUAAUUCAAAUUAAAUAUUACUUAUUCAAAUCAAAAUUUACAUGUAAGGCUUAGUUUAAUCAUAGGUUAAGUCAUAGGUCAAGGCUGUGAAACAUCUGUAUGGAACUAAAUGUGAACUUAUUUUUAUUUCAUUUUUAUUAUUUUAUUUACAUGAAAUAAGAAAUAGUACAAAUCGAUAUGAAUACAAUGCAUUAUAACAAAAACUGACAUCAUUGAAUUUGAUUGAUUUUCUAAUUA